ACUCACAGCCUAUCACUCAAAUCUGUCUCGAUUUCGAGAAAAUUGAAAGAGGGCCUCAUGAAAGUGACACUGCCUAGGCUUUGUUCUACAGCUAAAUGGAACGCCACUUGACUUCUUCUAAAUGUGCUCUAAAUGCGCCUAAGCAAUCUCCUCUGGAUCGUUCAACUGUCUAUUACAAUCUGCGGAAUCAGUAUACACGGACAGCCCAUGAUCGGCGGGAAAGAAAGUCGCGGUAACUACCGGAAGGGAACGGAAGCGGAAGUGGCAGCGGUAGAGAGAUUUCAGAGAACAGACAAGGACUCGGCACUCGAUGGAGAACAGAUGGCUUCUCAAAUGGCUGUCCAGCCUGCGGCUCAGGGAGCAGUGCAAACGAUUGUGCAGAUUCCCGUGCAGGAGCCCUAUGUAGGUGCUACCGAUGCCUUCCAGGGAACCUGGCCGCAGCAGCAGCCCCCGCAGCCACAACCGGGCUAUGGAACGAGAUCUAGGAUGCCGGACGUCUCACAAGGAUACAGUUCCGUAGAAGGGGACGAGGCAGAGCUGAGGCGCCACGAUCUGCGCACCCUCGUCCAGCAUCUGUACGUGGCCCAGGCCCGGGUCCAGCUGGAGGCCACCGAGAUCAAGAAGGCUCAGGCGGUGGCCACCUCCACGCAGAACCAGCUGGAGGAGUCGGCCAACCAUGUACGCACCAUUACCGCCUCUCUGCACACUGCUCAGCAGGAGGUGGCCGCCUCCGCUAUCCGUGCCCAGAUCGCCCAGCUCCAGCUGGCUGCACAUGACCAGCUUCUGUUCGCCGCCCGACAGGACGUCGACGCCCUCUCCUCACAGAUGGUCGGUCUGCAGGCGGCCGAGGGCAUCGUCCAGCCCAAGAUGACGGUGGACCUCCACGCCCUGCUCGACAAGCUGAGGCAGCCCCUUCAGCACGUGGACCGCCCCACCGCCGUGCCCGCCAUCGUCCCUAGCUAUCCGCGCUUCGAAACAGACAACCAGCGGGUUCCGCAGCAGCAGCUGCAGCAGCAGUUGCAAGUCCCGAUGCUGCAGCCACAGCCGGGGUUGGCGCUGGGAAUGGGGCAGGCCAGGCUUCCAGAAGGCCAGGGAUCCGGUAAUGCAGUUGGGGGCAGUUCCAGCGACUACAUCGGCUUGCCGAAAAUGAAUCCCUAUUCCCUUUUGGGUUAAAGAUCAAAGGCCUAAGCAUCUGUGUCUGAUUAUGUCUAUAUUUUUAUAUUUUUUAUGAUUUUCCUUGUUGCUAAAAAUUAAAUAAUAAAAAAAUAU